AUGGAUUCCGAGCCGAACCGAGAUAUGGAGACCGCUCCGGAAGAGCUUCAGGGCCCUCGAGACGAAUUCCCCGCGCCUUACGUCGCAAAUCAGAAUCGGGCGUCAUUCUACACGGAUGGAGCCAAGUACUGGGAAGGAAUCGAGCCCACUGUUCAGGGCAUGUUGGGCGGUUUCGAACAGAUUUCAGAGAUCGAUGUCGGAGCCAGCAAACGGUUCCUUUCGGAGUUUCUCAACAAGAAGAACGGCCCCACGGGUCACUCCCGAGCACUUGAUUGUGGCGCCGGUAUCGGUCGAGUCUCCAAAUUACUGCUGACGGAUCUCUUCGAGGAGGUUGACAUGCUGGAGCAAAAUCAGAAAUUCUUGGACUCGGCUGACGAUUAUCUCGGCGAGAAGAAGCAACGGGUGGCGCGUAAAAUCUGUGAAGGCCUGCAGUCCUUCAGUCCGGAGCGUGAGCGCUACGAUGUGAUAUGGCUGCAAUGGGUGUCAGGUCAUUUGACCGACAAAGAUUUUGUGGAAUUCCUCCGGAGAGCCACGACCGGACUGAAGACCAAUGGCUUGAUCUGCAUAAAAGAUAACCUAUCCUCUACUGUGGUGGAAAUGGAUAACCAAGACUCCUCGGUAACGAGACCGAGGGCCCUGUUCUUAGACAUCUUCAAGAAAGCCAACCUGAGAUUGGUCGGGGAGCGCAAGCAAAUCCGUUUCCCGAAGGGUCUCUACGAGGUGAAGAUGUUUGCUCUGAAACCGAAAAUGGCCGAGAAGCAAGGGAAGGACCCGGGAUCGUUGUGAGGAGAGCUCGUCGAUUCUGUCACAAGACGUCAAGCCAUCCUUGACUCGCACAUCCCGCCCGCAAUUGCCUUCGACGAUGAGGGGAAACAUCUCGAAUGGAAUGUAAAAAUGAUAUAUUUCCACACAAGGAGGUGCGUUAUCAGUCAUCGCAAAUCGAGGUGAAAAAUAAUAAAAAUGACGAACGAA